AUGGCUGAAUUAAUAGUUGAUAGUAAUCCAGAUCUCAGAACUAAAUUAAUUGAACAAGAUGUUAUAGUGGAAUCACAAUCACAACCAAUAUUAUUAACAAGAGUUGAAAUAAAUGGAGGAGAAUCAUUCAGUUAUGAAUUUUUCAAUAAAUUAUUGAAUCCAUUAUUAUCAGAGGGGGAUUAUACUUUAUCUCAAUUGACUAAAAGAAUUGAUGAGACAUAUCAACAUUUAAUUGAUACUGGAGUAUUCAAAGAUGUUAAUAUCGUUUUAACUCCAGAUUAUUAUUCAAAUAUACCAGCACAUAUAACUUCAUUUAAUCAUGAAAAAUCAUUACCUGCAAAAAUAAUAUUUGAGUUGUCCAAUAUAAACUUGAACAUAAAUGAAACAUUUUUAAAUUUUAAUAAUGAAGAAUUCUUAAAUUUAAAAUUAAAUCAUAUUGAUAAUAAUUUUAAUGAAAAUGCAGAAUUAGUAUCAAUUGGAGUAGACUACAAUCCUUAUAAACCGUAUGAUCAUUUAUUGACAAAUUUGAAAUUUAUAUCAGGUUUGAAAAAUCCAUCAUUCAAAUUUUUAAUCGAUAUUGGAUAUAAUACAAGAAAUAAUCAUGCUUGGCAAGAUUUCAAAGAGAACCAAUUGGGUGGAAAACUUGGUUUAUUAUAUAAAAAGAGAAGAGAAUUUGAUAUCUUCACGGGUUUUUCAUUAUAUAAAAGAAACUUGUUUGACAUUGACGAUGGAGCUGCAGAUGAUUUAAAAUUUUUUGGAGGUGAAUUUUUGAAAUCAAGUGUUUUGAAUAAAUUCAAAUAUGAAAAUUUCAAGUAUUUGAAUUCUGUUACCAAGAAUUUCCCGGUUAGUGGUAUAAAUUUCAAAGUAAAAUCGGAGUUAAGCUCAAUUCAAGAACAAAACAAUCAACAAAACAGAGGUGAGUUUUUCAAAUCAAGUGUUGGAUUUAAUUUUUAUAGCUCAAUUUUCAAUAAUUUCUUCACAACUAAAAUCAACGGAGAAGUUGGUGGUAUAUAUUCAUUCAAUUCGAAAUUUCCAAUACAUCCAUUAGAUAAAUUUUAUCUUGGAGGAUAUAACAAUAAUAAUGAAAGUGAUAACUACUAUUCAUUUUUAGGAUUCAAAAAGAAUAGUAUUGAACCAAAUGGUGGGUUACAAUUUUACAAAUUUCAAACAACUAUCUAUUCCAAAAUUCCUUACUUCUUAUAUGCACCAAAAAUAAAUAACGAGAUUAUAAUAGAGAAUGAUCCAAAUCCUUUAAGGAUCUAUGGAACUUUCUUGAUAGGUAAUGCAAUACCUCAUAUAUUAUCAUCAAAUUCAAUAAAACAACAAAAAACAAUAUUGAGUGAUCAAAAUCCUGCUAUAAGUUAUGGAUUUGGUUUAAAAUAUUUUAAUAAUUGGGCAAAUUUUGAUAUUGGUUAUUAUAUUAGUUCAAAAUUAGGUUUCAAUAGUAAUAGUGAAAUUUCUGGUAUAAAAGAUGGUUUACAAUUCUCAAUAACAAUUGGUGGAUCAAAUCGUAAUUUAUAG